GAGCCUCACUCAAAAUUCCCACCUUCCUUAUUUAACGCACGUGCCCUUCUCCUUUUUAACGCCGGAAUCCCCUCCCCCCUCUCUCUCUCUCUCUCUCUCUCUCUCCUCGCCCUCUCUCUCCAAACAUUUCCUCAUCAAAACCCCUACCAGCAAAGUUUCCAUUGUGCCCGUUUCCAUUGGUGUUAUAUAUAUAUGUAAAUGCAGAGUGGUGUUGGGUUGUAGCGUCUGAUCGGGCGAAAAGGGAUGGGGGCGGUGACGUCGUCGAUGGCGGCGAGGUUCGCCUUCUUCCCGCCGAGCCCGCCGUCUUACAGCGUGGCGGCGGACGAAUCCGGCGGGAAGCUGAGGAUCACCGACGUCGCCGAGAGGGAGAACGUCGACGUGCUGAAGCUGGCGACCAAGAGGGGGACGCAGAUCGUGGCGGUGUACAUGCGGAACCCGGCGGCGUCGCUGACGGUGCUGUACUCGCACGGCAACGCGGCCGAUCUGGGUCAGAUGUACGAGCUGUUCAGUGAACUCAGGGUCCAUCUCCGGGUCAACUUGUUGGGAUACGAUUACUCAGGGUAUGGACAGUCCACUGGGAAGCCAACCGAGCAGAAUACUUAUGCGGACAUUGAAGCUGCGUAUAGAUGCCUAGAAGAAACUUAUGGGGUUAAGGAGGAGGAUGUUAUAUUAUAUGGGCAAUCUGUUGGAAGUGGACCCACGUUAGACUUGGCAUCACGUUUACCAAGAUUGAGGGCUGUUGUUCUUCACAGUCCAAUCUUAUCUGGACUUCGAGUCAUGUAUCCCGUGAAGCGAACAUACUGGUUUGACAUAUAUAAGAAUAUUGAUAAAAUCCCAUUGGUGAAAUGUCCCGUGUUAGUAAUUCAUGGAACUGCCGAUGAUGUUGUGGAUUGCUCCCAUGGUAAGGAGCUGUGGGAGCGAUGUAAAGAAAAGUAUGAACCAUUGUGGGUUAAAGGAGGGAAUCAUUGUGACUUGGAGAUCUACCCAGAGUACAUAAAGCAUCUUAGGAAGUUUAUUUCAGCCAUCGAGAAAUCGGCGCAUUUGAGAACUGAUUCCGGAUUGAGUAUAGAUUCUGAGAAUUCCAGAUGCAGCACGGAUUGUCGAGACAAACCAAGAUCAAGUACAGAUCAGAGGGAGAGGUCUAGACCAAGUAUGGAAAGAGAGAUGCCAAGACAUAGCAUAGACAGAAGGGAGAGAUCAAGAUCCAGCAUAGACAGGAGAGAAAGAUUGAGAAAGAGUGUUGAUCAUUCUGAGAAAGCAAAUAACAGCACAGAUCAACCGGAGAAAGCGAGGAACAGCAUUGAUCGCUUUGGAGAUAUGAUGAGGUCGGUGGGAUUGUGCAAUAUCGAUUGUUUCAAGCCUACUGGAGCUGGGGUCUGAGGAUGGGAAGAAAGGUCAGUCUAAAAGUCAGGUUGUUUCUGGAUUUGUCCCUUUUCUAAUUAGUCUAUUGGUUUCAUUGGGUUUUGGGAAAAUGUCUUUUCGUGUUCCUGAUAGACAAUAGUACAUUAAUUUAUCCAGGCAGAUUAUGUAUCUUGUAAACUUUUCUGUCGAAACUAAUAAAUCUGACCCUUACUUCUCUCCCUCA